GAGCCCGGCGGCGGCGGCGGCGGCGGCGCGCCCCUCCCGCCUCGGUUCGCGCUCGAGCUCUGUGCCCAACCCGGCAACUUCCGGAGUCCCAGGUAGGGAGGAGCCCCAGGUCGGCGAUGCCAGCUGCCCAAACACUGAACUCACGGCCUCCGUGGAAAAAGCGGCCGGCCCAGGGUUCCCUCCCCUGCCUUGGGGUGCAUCUGCUCAAAGUCUUCCAGCCCCUCCAGCAGAAAUGGUGUGGGAUCUGGGCCAGACGUCUCUUGCAGUGACUCAAAGCCGCCAGCAGUACUGGAAGGACAGGGUGGAUGGCCCUUAGCCGCCUCCCUUUUGAAGGGAGGACCCAUCACACCACCCAGGUGGCUUCAGUCCCGGGUGCUGUCAUCUUUUCCCUGACUGCCCUCCACUUUGCUUCUCAUACUCCCUCUGGUUUUCCUGCCUCCCUCUUCGGCAGUGGGAUGCAGAGCUGGACCAAGGCCUCCGGGGAAGAGCUCUGCCAUCGAGGAGCACAGCACAGGGCCAGGCCUGGCCCAUGGGCCCUUCUCCGGUCGCCCCGACAGCACCAGUGGGGCUGUUCUCCUAAGCGGCGGAGGGCCCGGGUACACCGUCCUCUCGGAGGAGCCAUGGUGUUCAGAAGGGGCAGGAGCAGUUCCCAGGGGUGGCCCAGCCUGGGAGGGGGUGGCGGUUGCCGAGGCCCCCUAGGCGUGCUCGGGGCCUCCUUGCUGCUGGUCAGCCUGCCUCUGGGGGCCAGGGGAACGGCCGGUACCAACCUCAGCGCAGCUCUGGGCCACGCUGUGCCACUGACAGGGGGCCGCUACUUGAGCAUCGGGGAUGGCUCCGUGAUGGAGUUUGAGUUCCCAGAGGAGAGCGAGGGCAUCAUUGUGAUCUCGAGCCGGUACCGGGGCCAGGGCAACCGGACAGGGCCUGGCCCCGUGCUGAGGGUCACCUCCCUUGACACGGAGGUGCUGACCAUCAGGAACGUGAGCGCCACAAGCUGGGGCGGCGGAGGCGGCUUCGUGGUGAGCAUCCGCUCGGGCCUGCCUGGGCUAGCCCCGCUCCACAUUCAGCUCCUGGAGCCCCGGGGGGCCCCGCCCGUGCUCAUUGAGGAGCGGAGCGACUUCGGCAUCAGGGUCCUGCCUGCUGAAGAUGCCCCCGCCGCCCUUGGCGCCGGCCUGGCCCGCGUCUCCGAGAACCCGGUCCUGUAUUUGCUCCUGCCUCUGGUCUUUGUCAACAAGUGUUCGUUUGGAUGCAGAGUGGAACUCGAGGUUCUGAAAGGGCUCCUGCAGAGCCCCCGGCCCAUGCUGCUGGGCCUCCUGGGCCAGUUUUUGGUCAUGCCCUUCUAUGCUUUCCUGAUGGCCAAGGUCUUCAUGCUGCCCAAGGCUCUGGCUCUAGGCCUCAUCAUCACCUGCUCGUCGCCCGGCGGCGGGGGGAGCUACCUCUUCAGCCUCCUCCUUGGAGGGGACGUCACCCUGGCCAUCUCCAUGACUUUCAUCUCAACAGUGGCUGCCACCGGUUUCCUGCCAUUGUCCUCCGCCGUCUACAGCCACCUGCUCAGUGUCCAUGAAACACUCCACGUGCCCAUCUCCAAGAUCCUGGGGACCUUGCUGUUCAUCGCCAUCCCCAUAGCAGCAGGCGUGGUGAUCAGAUCCAAGCUGCCCAAGUUCUCCCAGCUGCUGCUGCAGGUCAUCAAGCCUUUCAGCUUUGUGCUGCUCCUGGGCGGCCUCUUCCUGGCCUAUCGCAUGGGGGUCUUCAUCCUGGCGGGCGUCAGGCUACCCAUCGUGCUGGUGGGCCUCACGGUGCCCCCGGUCGGCCUCCUGGUGGGCUACUGCCUGGCCAUGUGCCUGAAGCUGCCGGCGGCACAGCGGCGGACGGUCAGCAUCGAGGUAGGGGUCCAGAACAGCCUGCUGGCCUUGGCCAUGCUGCAGCUGUCCCUCCGUCGCCUCCAAGCCGACUACGCCUCCCAGGCCCCCUUCAUUGUAGCGCUGAGUGGCACCUCGGAGAUGCUGGCCUUGGUCGUCGGCCACUUCAUCUAUAGCAGCCUGUGCCCAGUCCCCUGAGGCCCCUGGGUCCAGCUCUCACCAUCCCUCACCCCCGGCCUCCAGCCACGUCCCCUCAGCUCUUGUGUACCAAAGGCCUUCGGCUCUCAUGCACUAUGCACUCAGAAAACAAUCCAGGCUUAUUUUUCUUACUGGUUUUUUAUUCUCCAGCUUUCAGUGCCAAAGAGGCCAUGCUGUUAGGUAGGUGGGCACUGCUCAGAAAAUAUAUUUCAAUAAAAGAGAGAAGCAAGCU